GCAGCGCACCAUGAGCGGCCGCGUCGGGGACCUGAGCCCGCAGCAGGCGGAGGUGCUGGCCCAGUUCCGGGAGAAGCUGCAGGACGUGCUGCCCUCCCUACCCUCCCAGGACGACUACUUCCUCCUGAAAUGGCUCCGAGCACGCUCCUUCGACCUGCCCAAGGCAGAAGCGAUGCUCCGCAAGCACGUCGAGGUCCGCAAGCACAUGGAUGCCGACAACAUCAUCUCCUGGGAGCCACCUGAGGUGAUUCGGAAGUACAUGUCCGGCGGGCUGUGCGGCUAUGACCGGGAGGGCAACCCGGUGCGGUACGAGAUCAUCGGGCCGCUGGACGCCAAGGGGCUGCUCUUCUCCGCCUCCAAGCAGGACCUGAUCAAGAACAAGUUCCGGGACUGUGAACUGCUCCGGCAAGCGUGUGACCAGCAGAGUGAAAAGCUGGGCAAGAAGAUUGAGAUGGUGAUGAUGGUGUACGACUGUGAGGGCCUGGGCCUGAAGCACCUCUGGAAGCCAGCUGUGGACACAUAUGGGGAGAUCCUGUCCAUGUUCGAGGAGAAUUACCCUGAGUCCCUCAAGCGCCUCUUUAUUGUAAAGGCCCCCAAGCUCUUCCCCGUGGCCUACAACCUGGUCAAGCACUUCCUGAGCGAGGACACGCGCAAGAAGGUCGUGGUGCUGGGAUCCAACUGGAAGGAGGUCCUGCAGAAGUACAUCGACCCCGCGCAGAUCCCGGUGGAGUACGGGGGGACGCUGGUGGACCCUGACGGGGACCCCAAGUGCUCCAGCAAGGUAGGAGGAGACCCCGUGGGGUUCUUUAGGGGUGCUGGGCAGUUCCUCCACCCCCACAUCCUCCAUCCCUUCCAGAUAAACUACGGGGGGGAUGUGCCCCACCAUUACUACGUGCGGGACCAGCUGGCACAGAAGUACGAGCACUCGGUCGUGGUCAACCGGGGCUCGUCCCACCAGGUCGAGUACGAGAUCCUCUUCCCUGGCUGCGUCCUCAGGUGGCAGUUCCGCUCCGAGGGCGCUGACAUCGGCUUCGGGGUGUACCUCAAGACCAAGGUCGGGGAGCGGCAGCGGGCGGGCGACAUGACCGAGGUGCUCCCCAACCAGCGCUACAACGCACACAUGGUGCCCGAGGACGGCUCCCUCACCUGCUCCACGCCCGGCAUUUGUGAGUGCCGAGCCCUCCCCGGGGGCUGCGGGACCCCCGUGUCCCUGACCCACCGUGUCCCUGACCCCCCUGUCCCCCCGCAGAUGUCCUGCGCUUCGACAACACCUACAGCUUCCUCCACUCCAAGAAGGUGAGCUACAGCGUGGAGGUGCUGCUGCCCGACACCGCCUCGGCCCAGCAGAUCCAGGGAGAGUCCCCCAACCACAGCCCCUGAGCCCCCCGGGCUGCACCGCGCCCCCAGGACGGCCCCGCGGGAAGAUGGAGCCGGGGCUGAGCCCCGGGGCUGCCGGACUGAGGCGGGGCCGGACGGGGCCGAGCGCCCGCAGCCCCCCGAACUCUGUGCCUUACGUGGGUGCCGCACCCACCGCUGCUGCUGCCUGGGCUGGGGAGUAAAGGGAUGGACUGAGUGGGGUCUGCUCCGGUUCGUGGCUGUCCCUGCUGCCCGCCUCAACCCUGCAGCCAGCCCAGCUGCCCCCAGCCCCCGAACUGCCCCCAGCCCCGCAACUGCCCCUCAGACUCACAACUGCUCCCCCCAGACCCACAAUUACCCACCCAGCCCCAGAA